ACAGAAAAUUUUCCAAAAAACCAACAAAACAAGUCCUAUACAUAAAACCAAAAACCAAAACACACACCAUUUUUUCUUCCUAAAUCCCCUCAGAAAGCUCUCAAAGCCGCGUCCAUGGCUUCCAACGAAGGCUCCUCCGCCGCAAAUUCCCACUCUCAGCCUACUUUUCCUCUUCAUCUCUGCUUCUUCUUCCUCAUCCUCCUCAUGUUCUUAUCCUUCUCUUGGUACUCCAAUUACGAGUCCGCCGUCGAAGGCGUUUUCGAUCAACUCAAGCUCCUCCUCAUCGUCUCGCCGCUCCUCCUCCUCCUCGUUGUCCACUGGCUCUCCAAUACCGAAAACGGCCGCUUGCCGUCCCUCAUCCCUCUACCGGAAAGAGAUUCGCUCCACCGCGCUGGAGGGACGCCGUGGGGCGUCGGGUUUUUGUUGGUUCUUCUCCUUUUCAUGAUCUCUUAUCAAUCUUACUUUCAAGAACGAUGGUUUCCUCUCUUGAGCCGGUGAUCCGACCGGCAAUCCGUCAGUAGACGAUGAGACACAAUAUCUAGGUUCGUGAGAUCUGCCACAUCUAUUGUCUCGUGUGUCGUCGUCUAACAAUAUUUAACGACUACACAAUAGAAAUUUACUACUAUCUACCACCACUGUUUGUCCCAUCUCCUGAAACAGUUAUAAAAUUUAGUGGUGGGUGGAUGUAAGAAUUUUCUAUGCACUCUUUCGAUUUGUUUUUUUUUUGUUGACGAAGAGUUUGGUUGUGUCGAAUCUUGUAAUCAUAAUAUUUAUUUAUGUUAAUUUAUGUAAAUUAGCCCGUUCUUAGUUUUUUUUAUUUUAGAUAGAAUCCAAAGCGUAGAUCGAGGCUUUAUAUAAAGUAAUUUGUUUUGGUGAUUUGAAGAUUUUCA